AAGUCAGUAUGCUGUCAGCAUUGAUCGCUCCUUUCAAGUACAUAAGCCCUGGGACCAGCAGCACAGAGGACGAGGACAGUUUAAGCACUAGCAGUGCAGAGGUGAAGGAAAACCGUAACAUUGGCAACUUAGAGGAUCGCUCCAUAGGAUCUCCAGAGUGCCAGUCGCUUUUCUGCUCCGACUCCGCAAGAAGUGGGAGCUCUGGUCUGAAGAGGAAACGGCCACUGGAGGAAGACAACAAUGGGCACUUGUGUCAACUCCGCUUGAUCUAUAAGAAACUGUCCUGGUCUGAGGCACCAAAGAAUGCUUUGGUGCAGCUCAAUGAACUUCGACCGGGCCUGCAGUACCGCAUGGUGUCACAGACAGGCCCGGUCCAUGCUCCUGUCUUCUCCAUCGCUGUGGAGGUGAAUGGGCUGACCUUUGAGGGCACAGGCCCCACAAAGAAAAAAGCUAAGAUGAGGGCGGCUGAGCUGGCCCUCAAGUCCUUCAUUCAGUUCCCCAACGCUCCUCAGGCACACCUAGCCAUGGGAAACAUCUCGAACCCUUCAUCUGACUUCACCUCAGAUCAGGCAGACUUCCCAGACACACUCUUCAAGGAAUUUGAGUCUUCACAGUGCUCCGAUGGCCUCUCGCUCUGCAACUCAGCAGCAGAGAGCGAGCUACUAUCGAGUGAGCUACUAAGACAUGGACGGUUGCUUCGCCAUACCUUAGACCUGAUGGUACAGGCUCAGCAGAGGCUGGGUGGUAUUGUUCCAGAGCCAGAGGCCCCUAAGAGCCCUGUGGCGUUGCUCAAUGAGCUCCGACCGGGCCUGCGUUAUGCCUGCCUUUCGGAGCGAGCUGAAGGCCGACGGCUGCGUAGAUUUGUGAUGGCUGUGCGUGUGGACGGGCGGAUAUUUGAGGGCUGUGCUCGCAGCAAAAAGCAGGCCAAGAACCAGGCGGCCCAGUGUGCUCUUCAGGCCCUCUUCAACAUCAGGACAGCCCCUGAGGGGAGGACAGGCCUCAAAGCCAGCAGGAAGAGCUGUCCUCAUUUACCCCAGGACUUUGCCGAUUCAAUAUUCCACUUGGUGAGGGAGAAGUACCGGUCGCUGGUGGGCAGCUGCAGUCCUGCGCACGCUCGACACAAAUCCCUGGCAGGCAUCGUAAUGACCCAAGGUCUGGACCUGAGGCACGCCCAGGUGGUGGUGUUAUCCACAGGCACUAAGUGUAUCAACGGAGAGUAUCUGAGUGACCAGGGACAAGUGGUCAAUGACUGUCACGCUGAAGUCACGGCCCGCAGAGCUCUGCUACGCUUCCUCUACUCUCAACUUGAACUCUUCUUGAGUAAAAGGCCAGAGGACUGGGAGGAGUCGAUAUUUGUGCGGCGUAAGGAGUGCGGCUACAGGUUGAGAGACGACGUCCAUUUCCACAUGUACAUCAGCACCUCGCCGUGUGGGGACGGGAGGCUUAACUCACCCUAUGAAAUCACCACUGACCUACACAGCAGCCGACACCUCAUGAGAAAGCACCGCAGCCACCUGCGAACCAAAAUCGAGUCCGGAGAGGGGACAGUGCCGGUGCGAUGCCGGGGGCCUGUCCAGACGUGGGAUGGCAUCUUACAGGGAGAGCAGCUUAUCACCAUGUCCUGCACAGACAAGAUCACCAGAUGGAACAUCCUGGGCCUGCAGGGGGCGUUGCUGAGCCACUUUGUGGAGCCAGUGUACCUGCACAGCGUGACCGUCGGCAGCCUGCGCCACACGGGCCAUCUGGGCAGAGUUCUGAACCAGCGGCUAGAGCGCCUGGGCCCACUGCCCGCCAUGCACAGACGCAACCAGCCCCUGCUCAGCGGGCUGAGCAAUGCCGAGUAUCAGCAGCCUGGGAAGGCCUCGUGUGUGAGUGUUAACUGGACGCUGGGUGAUGCACAGUUGGAGGUGGUCAACACAGCCACCGGACGGAGACGGGACUCAGGGACACCCUCGCGUCUCUGCAAGCACACCCUGUUCACCCGCUGGAACAGACUGUACCGCAAGUUGGGGAUCCGCGUGUCCGGCUCAGUGGACCGCCAGCUCAUGUACUGCGAGGCCAAGAUGGCGGCACAUCCUUACCAGACAGUGAAACAGCAGUGGCUCAGAUCUCUGCAGGAAACGGGCCUCGGUACCUGGGUCAAGAAACCGCCCGAGCAGGAACAGUUCCUGUUGUCGGUCUGAGGAAGAGUGUGUGUGUGUGUGUGUGUGUGUGUGUGAUAGGGAGUGUGUGUGUUUGUUUAACCUUUAUUUUUUUAGGAUAAGAUGAUCCCAUGCUCUUUAACAACACUCUGCUUCACACCUUCAUACCUGAAGUCUCCCAGUGCAACCUCUAAACUCAAGGCACAUCCGCGUGUACGUGUGUCAUUCUGGAUGUACCGCCCAUCCACCCAAUAGACAAACGACAAGAGGAAGGUCAACUGGACAGGCUGAAAAGAAAACGGACAUAAAAAGGUGGACCCUUUCUUUGACUUGCCCUUCUUUAAACACACAAACACACACACAUUUAAGCAAACACACACCUAAAUACCCCCUUCUUCUGCUGUCAAGGAAGGUUGGGGUAACCUUGAGCAGAAUGAAAGGCAGCCGCUAUCUUGUCAUCAGCUAUUUCCGGGCCCCAAGGCUCCCGCUGAGGAGCAGAGCCACGGGGGAGAGAGCGAGAGAGAGAGAGAGCGAGAGAGAGAGUGGUCCACGUCCAAUUACCGGCCCUGUCAGGGUGACGGGUGAUAGAGGAAGAGGAAGGGAAGCAAUGGGAAGAGAGUGAGAGAAUAAAGAGAAGGACAGACCAUAGCUUCAAACCAGCCCACCUCACCUUCCUUCUCUCAUUUCUAUCUUUGUCCUCCUUCUCUGACUCACCCUUUAACUCCUGUCAUUUUCUUCUCCUUUUGUCUCCAUCUCUCCUUCCUUUCCCUCUUUCCAUUUUCUUCCUUCCUCCGCCUUUUUACCUCGCCUCUUCUUUGUCACUCUCUCCUCUUUGCUUGCAUCUGCCCCCCACUCCCUCCCCGCCUUUCAAGCACUGCGGAGGUUAACACGACACAACGACAGGUUAAUACACCCUCUUUUUUUUCCUCCCUUCCUCACCUCACUGGGUAGAGCGAAGGAGAAGAAUCGAGGUUAGGUACAUAAACGCAGCCAUUACAGAUCGCCUAAGUACAAGUGGAGGUGAUGAUGGAGGAAAGGGGAGUGGUUACCCGUUUUUCCCCUCUCUUUCAUACUACAAUUAUUUCCAUUGUUUUUUGACCCGGAUGACCUCAGUUUUCAGCCCGGUGUGCCCAGUUUCCGUACAUUGAAGCUUGUCACCAACAAGAGUGAUUUUCAGUCGUGACUCAUUAGCGAGGCCUCGUUGACCUGAUAGACGCUUUAUUCCUGUGGUCAUGACCGCCCUGAACAGAUCAACAGUCAAAGUGGCGAAUAGUUUUCCAAGCCCACACCCCCUCACUGUCAGCACUGUGGUCAACUUGAGGGAUUUUUAUUUUUAAUCCCCAUUUUUCGACAGACUCAAACACACAACCUUUAUGUACGAAUUAAAGAUGAAAAAUCAGCAAGGUAAAUAUGGACAUCUCAAACACUACCAUGUAGAUUUGUACCUCACAGUUUUUUAUGUCUUUGCAUAUUUCAUGAUGUAAACAUAUGAUUUUUUUUAUGCAGCUAAGUGUUGAUAUUCAUUAUGAUCAUGACUGUGUUGUUCCGUCAUUGCUGUAUUUUCCUCAAGAAUUUUAGAUGAGGCAUCCAAACCGCUACCAGCACGGCUCAGUCAGCAGUAAAAUCUAAGUAGUGAGAGUGACAUCUAGUGGUGUUUUUCUGUUGUUGUUUUCCCAUCCCGCUCCUACUGAGCCCCUCUUCUGGCAGCAUAAUGUGUCUCCAGUGAGGAUACAGUAUCAAAUCAAAUCGCUGACCGUGUGGCUGACUGAACUGUAGAGUAUGACCUUCAGCGGUGAUCAGUGUGAAAAUGUUCUGAUACGCAGGCAGAUUUACACAAGAGACAACUUGACCCUCAUUGGACCUGCAUCUGGCCUCACAUUCACUAGGCAAAUUCUUACUAAUGUAAAUGUAAUCUUUUGGAUUUUUUUAAGAUUUGUAAACCUUGAAAACUUGGUUUCAAAUCUUAACUAUUUCUUUAUAGCAUUAAAUACGCAUGACUUAAUAAGCAAAAGUUAAUUCUUAUUAUCAUUCUUAGUGAUUAGUUAUCAAGAGUCUAACACCCAAAAUUUCAGUUCUGAUUCAAACCCUGGGACACUGCCAUUUUCUAAAUGAAGCCCCACUACUUUGAAACCAGUGAGAAGAGUACAGAGAAAAACUAAAAUAUAGAAAACUCUCCAAAAUAACCAAAACUGUUACCUAACUUAGGCAGGAAAUAUUUUGUUCCUGUAAGACGUCAUUACUCAUGGUAAGAAGCUGAUUAAAAACUCAAAUGAUAAAAUAAUAUUUUUGCCGGUAGCAAACUGUUUGUCUUUCAAAGCUGACAGUACUUAAAAGUUUCAUUGGAGUUUUUAUGUCCUGUGAUGGUCUGCGUGCCAUUUUAAAGGAUUUUCCCUCGUGGCAAGAGUAAAAUUCUGGCAACAUGUGUACAUAUUGGUACAGUAUAUUAUGUGCUAGUGACAUAGCUGGAUUAACCUUUUACAGGGCACCUAUUAACCACCCCCACAUCCCGCCACCUAUACAUGAGCAGCUUUAUUAUGCACCCAGAGACCGACUAGUACUUACAUGUUGGAAUCAUUUCUGGCCCCAGAUUGUGUGUCAGUUAGUUUUUGGUAAUCUUACUAAACACAACACUAUUUUGACAAUGUCCCAUGCAGACACAGUAUAAUACAUGUGCAGUUCAUCCAUUUACAAAAACCAAGUGACUAAGCUGAGAGUUCGGGGCCUAGUUGGUAAUCCAGCCUUGGCCAGUGGCAGCUUUAAAAAAAACAAACAAAAAAAACAACUGUGGCUCUCAGGAUCUCAGAUUCUUUGUUUACACCUUAACCAAAUGGAAAUCCUGAAUCUGUUUUCCCAUAGCGGCAAUAAUCACAUUUUGUGUAGAUCGCGUCAGUGUGUAUCAGAACAGGGAGUGUUUGUCUUUCAUCUACAUGUGGGGCAGCUGUUUACUGUAUCAGCCUACACUACAUACAACACAGGUAACAACAUUCCUCCUUGCCUCACACCGUGUUUCACAAUUAGCCAUGACAAAAGAUUUGCAGAUUUAUUUUGAGAGAUAAUAAAUAUAAGGCAUGUCUGAAUGGCAAUAUUGUAUCUAAGACUGUACAUAUGUAAAAGAAAAAUGUACAAAAAAGAUGUUGACAGAGAUGUGAGCAAGAUCCUAAAAUGUCUAAUGAUGUAAAUUAAAGUAUAUAAAGAAAUGCUGCUAAGGUCUGUAAAUUGCACUUCAGUAACAAAUAAGUGAAUGUUUGUACUGUAUAUGUGAAUAA